GUUCCAUCGAAUAGUUGUCGAAAUUUGGUGGCCGAAUGAUUGAAGCUGUGCAUAGGCUAGAUCUUUGGGAGCUGGAUUCCAUGUGGAGUUGACGGACCAACCUUCAAGGCAGUUAGGGAAAAAAAAUCUCACGCUGCCAUUGUAGCUGUCAAUCUCUACAUCAGUUCCAAGUUACAUCCUCAAAAUCUUUCGAAAAUUCUACGAAUCUAUAUGUGUAGUGGCGAAUAUUGAUGGGUGUUGAUGAGGAUCGAUUGUUCGCAAAAUUUUCCACAACGCCGAAAACUGCUGCUCCAUGCAGGUCCUUACAAGUACACUCCUUCGAAUUUGAAUACCAAACAUGGAUAUACUCUUGGAGUAUUUCGAGUCUUGUCUCCCAUCCGAUUUAAAAGAUGCUCUUGUCGACGAACUUCAUGCUAUUAAGCAGGGAGACUUUUCAUAUCUUCUUCAACACCCGGUCACCCAACUCAUCGUGGGGCGAACUGGCGAUGGACGUCUGAAGGAAGCAUCGGAUGAAGAUUACGAUGUCUGGAGCGAUUUCAUCUUCGAUCGUCUGGGCGUUAUCCUAAGCAAAAGAGCAGACUCAAACGGCGGUAUUACUGAAUCUCCUGCAUACUACCAACAUCUCGUUUCUCUGGUUGGGCUUGCAGCGCUUUAUGCGUUCAUCCAGUCAAAUGUCACCGGUCCUCCUCUUCAAAUUUCACCUCAGGAUGUUUUAUUUCCCUCUAAAGUCAUACAAAACCGUUCGACGGAAUCCACCUUCCGUCGUGGGCUCUUGUCAUCGCUCACUGCGGACGGAAUUGGUGCAUAUCAGCUUGCGAACAACGUCGAGCUUUUCUGUCUGGCGGACACGAUUUUUACUUGCCCACCCCUCGGGAAAAAUAUCAAGGCCGCAAAAUGGAUCAAACUCAGGGUCGACUUUCUGCAUCAGCGUAUGCUAUCAGAGAUUGCACCAUCUCUUGAAGACGCCAUCUACGCCUCGUUGGUUGAGCUAGAGCCCAUGGUUCUCCAGGACUCCAAAGAUGACGGUGUCCUGUAUACCAACUUCCUUCUAGAAAGGGCCACAAUCCACACCCACCAUGGUAUGGACAAGAAAGCCCACAGCGACAUAACUCAAGCAGUCAAGGAGCGACAGUUCGAGUUUGCAAUUACCGGACGCCUUGGGAAACGAACAAAGUUCCAAGAGAACGAUCUCAGCCAGCUUGUGGUUCUAGCACGCAGCAGAUCCGAAGAUCACGAUGAUACGACUGCCCCGGACCGGAGUACCGGACGAGAUACGGUCACUCGCAACAUCGCUCCUGAAAAUGUCGACCUAAAUGACGAUACCAUCCUAGAUUCCAUAUCUUUCACACCUGCUGCUAGUUCUGGACCAGAAGCAACCAAAGGAACAAUCAUUAAAGAUCCAAACAGCAUACCUCCGAAAUUGGCGGACAUCGACCCAUCUUCGCAGCCAUUACUUCACCCACUUGACAGCAUAAUCCUUCUAUCCACAGCAUCCUCGAUUACCAACACAAAUCCUGCGGAUGGUCUUACGCGAGAAGAAACAGCCCCUUACGCAACUCGCGUGCUUGAUGGUGGAAGCUCAAAUUGGCAAGUGUACACGCAAGGACUUCUUGUGCGGAGUCGGAUCGAAGGCUAUCGCUCUAGAACGACAGAACGUGGUCUCCUCCAACUUCAGGCCCUAGUCGACCAGAUCAUCGUUGAAACAUCUGGAACACAUUCGGAUGGCGAGAAAGACGAUAAAGGGGCAACCUCGGGGCAAGAUCAAAGCGUUCCCCUACCCACGAUUGAAAUUAGUGGUCCAAAUGGAACGACUUCUACCUCAUCGGACUCAAAGCCGGCAACUUUCCUUCCAGCGCCAAAGCCCACCGAAUCCGCCCCAGUCAUGGAACGUCUCCAAUACGUUUUCCAGCUGAGCUCGCCCUAUCGAUGGAACCUUGAGUCGGAAUUGGCUGCCAGGUGGGUCGGCAUUGGUGGUCUACGUACUGCAUUAGAAAUCUAUGAACGACUUCAGAUGUGGGCUGAGGCUGCACUUUGCUGGGCGGCAACGGAGCGAGAGGACAAGGCAAUAAAGAUUGUGCGCCGUCAAUUGUAUCAUGCAACCGACGAGAGGUCCGAGGAAGAGGCAGCGAGCGACGACUUGGAAACAUGGGAAGGGUCAGAAAGAGAUCCUUUGCCGUCCGAUGCAGCAAGACUUUUCUGCAUUCUCGGGGACAUUGAUAUGUCUCCUAUAUACUUUGACCGUGCGUGGGAGGUCAGCUCCCAUCGAUAUGCUCGUGCGAAAAGGAGCUUGGGGCGCUACUUUUAUGCACGCAAAGAUUUCCAAAGCGCAGCCGAUGCCUACGAGGCCAGUGUUAAGGUCGCUCAACUCCAUCAUGGCUCUUGGUUCAACCUUGGAUGCUCGUAUUUGGAACUACAAAAUUGGACGCGAGCAAUCGAUUGCUUUAGCAGGACGGUCCAGCUCGAUGAUCAGGAUGCAGAGUCGUGGAGCAAUCUUGCCGCGGCUCUUAUCCGUCUCGACCCAAAGCAAGCUAUCGAAUCAGCACCACAAGUUCCAGAGGUCCCAUUGGAAGAUGAAGAUCUUCACGAAAGCUCUUCAUCCCUCCCCGCACAACCGACAUCACAGUCGAAUCGAAUCCAUGCGUUAUCCGCCUUACAACACGCAGCACGUCUCAAGCCACACGACUAUCAUAUCUGGUCCAACAUCAUGGCCAUUGCUUUGUCUCUGGCUGACCCUCCUUACGCCACGAUGUUGACGUGUCUUCGUCGUUUAGUCGACCUACAGUCCCAAAGCCUUGGUGAGAAUGCCAUUGAUGCCGAAGCUCUUGCGGUCCUUAUCAGCCAUAUCACUUCGACCAUUGAUUCUCCUGUGGAUGCGAACCUCCGUGGACUCCCACGUCUCCUGUCCGAGCUCAUUGAAUCGAAACUGAUCCCGUUGAUAACGUCAUCAGCCGAGCUGUGGGCUCUCAUCGCUCGAUUUCGUAUCUGGGAACGGCGCCCAGCCGCUGCUCUAGAUGCUCAAGAGAAAGCGUGGCGUUGUACCUUGAAUACUUCAGGUUGGGAAUCUGGUGAUGAGAAACAUUGGGGACGGGUUGUGGAUUCCACAAUAGAUUUGGCACAGGCAUAUGAGAGUCUAGGUCCGCAAACACAUGAGGACCAAAUUGGGACCGUAGUCCUCGAUGGAUGGAAGUUCAAGGCCAGAAGCGCGCUCAGGAGUGUGAUGGGCAAAGGAAAGGAGAGCUGGGAUGGAUCAGACGACUAUAACAGGCUCAAGGAAGAAUUGGACGGAUUACGGAGUUAAAUCCUCUAUCAAGAAAGGAAUGCAAACCAAAUGGACACAAAAGCUCAAACCUGUAACCAUGAUCUAACGGCCAGGGGCUUUUCGCGCUAAAUACAAUAGCAUGUACAUGAC